AUGUCUCAAUCCGGAGCGAGCGUCGCUCAGGAGUGCAUAACUGCCUACAAUGACCUCAAGCUCAACAAGAAGUUCAAGUACAUCAUCUACAAGCUGUCGGACAACUACAAGGAAAUCGUCGUCGAAGAGUCUUCGAAUGACAAGGACUGGGAAAACUUCCGCGAGAAGCUCAUCAGCGCCACUUCCACAAGAGCGCAGGGCAAGGUUGGCAAGGGUCCCCGGUACGCCGUGUACGACUUCGAAUACAGCCUGGCCUCCGGCGACGGCGUGCGAAACAAAAUCGCCUUCAUCGCGUGGUCCCCCGACGAUGCUGGUAUCCAGCCCAAGAUGGUCUACGCUUCCUCCAAGGAGGCCCUGAAGCGCACGCUUACCGGCAUCGCGACUGAGUUGCAGGCCAACGACCCCGAUGACAUCGAAUACGACUCCAUCAUCAAGACUGUCAGCAAGGGUCUUGCUGGCUAG